AUUUUUACUUGACCUUUCUCUCUUUCGGCUUCCCCCGCACACCACUUUCUCUUUGAUUUCGGCCGCUCUGUUCUGCUUUUAUAUACAAAAUGGAAUACGAUGACCGAUUUCGACAGGCUCAGAAGACCAAAUAUGAUUGUCUACUUUUUGAUUUAGAUGAUACCCUUUAUCCCUUGAAUUCUGGUUUGGCAACAGAAUGUCGCAAGAAUAUUGAAGAUUAUAUGGCUCAAAAGCUUGGCAUAGAAACAAGCAAAAUCUCUGAGAUGUGUAAUCUACUGUACAAAAAUUACGGGACAACAAUGGCUGGUUUGAGGGCAAUUGGCUACGACUUCGACUAUGAUGACUACCACAGUUUUGUUCAUGGACGAUUGCCAUAUGAUAGGCUGAAACCUGACCCUGUUUUAAGGAACCUUCUACUGAGCUUGCCUCUGCAGAAAGUUAUAUUCACGAAUGCAGACAGGGUACAUGCAGCUAAAGUUCUUGGCAGACUUGGGUUGGAGGAUUGUUUUGAAGGAGUUAUAUGCUUCGAAACUUUGAAUCCAAUGAACAAGAACAAUGUUUCUUCAGAUGACAAGGUGGAUUCCAUGUUUGGCGGUUCGGUAUCAACUACUACUGGCUGUGAGCCUUUUGACAUCAUUGGGCAUUUUGCUCAAACUAAUGCUGGGUCACAAGUACUGCCCAAGACACCAAUUCUCUGCAAACCAUCUGAAGUUGCCAUUGAACAAGCCCUCAAGAUAGCCAACAUUGAUCCUCAGAGAACGAUUUUCUUCGAUGACAGUGUUCGUAACAUACAGUCUGGAAAAUGUGUUGGUCUCCACACUGUGCUGGUGGGAACUUCACAGAGAACCAAAGGUGCAGAUUUUGCACUAGAAAGCAUCCACAACAUCCGGGAAGCAUUACCUGAGCUCUGGGAAGUUGAAGAGAAAUCGGAAGUCAGGUAUUCCGGCGAGAUUGCAAUCGAGACAUCUGUGACAGCUUAGGGUUUUUAUGCCUUCCAUGAUGCAUCCUUCAGUGGUGGGAGGGCAAAACGGAAGGAAAAGAUUAGUUUAGAGAAAAUUACUGUAAUCAAUUCUCCUGUAAUCCUGUAGAUGUGAAUAAAUAGUAAAUAACCAUGUUUUCAUGCAAUAGUUGUCUAAUGAAU